AUGGGGAAUUCCGAGUUUUACCUGUUUCCGCUCCUUCCACCGGAAAUCCGCCUUCAAAUCUGGCAUUAUGCUCUUCCUGCAACGCUCCCGAUGGGAUCAGCUGUCUUCACCUACAAAAAAGGCUGCUGGGGCCCCCGCCGUCUGCUACCAGGCAAUCCUGAAUAUGACCCGAUGAAUGAUGACCUCAACCUAAAUCUCGAAUAUGACCAUACCCUCCUGGACCCUCUCGAAAUUGAUCUGCCACUAUCACAGGUAAAUUACAAGGCGCGCAGCGCCGCUCUCGAAUGGACACAGAAACAAAACUUGCAAGUCCGGUUCAACAAACAUAACCGCCAGCUUCUCUUCCUCCGUCCCUUCGAUGCGAACUCCGAUACUAUUUAUGUUUCACAGAGCCAAUGGCACGAUUUCAUCUGCGAGCCGAUGGAGCGGCCGUUUGAGCCAGACCUAAUUCAGCGACUACUUGGAUGUCCUGGGGUGCCGUUCUCGCGACUUGCGCUUGAUGACUGGAUUCUUCGCCAUGAGCCCGAUUGUCUCGCCGAGUUGUUUUAUUACUAUUUCACUAUUGAUACGGUAUUUGCGGUUACUGGAUUCUGUCCUGUGGAUUAUGCUGGGGAUGAUGAGAAGAAUAGUAACAGUGGCAAGGCCAAUACAUAG